GAAUACCAGGAUCUGGUCACCUUGAACCGGUUAGACGAAAUCCUGAUUCCCAAGACCGAGAACCCAGUGGUGCGAGUUGUGGCGGUCACCGCCCGAGUCUCUCGAGUACGAUCACCCGCGGGAGUCAUGCAAGAGGGCCUGAUCCGGAAGAUGCGGGUCGAUCGGAUCCGGCGGGCCCAGGAGGAGAAAGUCUGGAUCGCAGGUAUGAAGAAAUAUCUGAGUGGCUCAAUCGCCGAUUUCACACAAGCAGAAGCAAGAUCGUACGGCAAGAUCGCGGCCGAUUAUGAGGUGGACGAGCACGAUCUACUCUUCUACUGCCCUCCCACGCCGAGAUCGGAGGAUGAUGCGAUCGAUUGCUGA